GUUGCGCGCGGAGGGCUUUCUUGGUUUGAUCUCCCCACCCACGCGCUCACGCUGUGGAUCUCGUGAUAGCAGGGACGCACUCGAGGCUGUGACAGUUCAGAGAGCGCGGCGUCACCGCGGUGGGGUGGGUGGGCGGUGGGGGUGGGACCAAGGGACAUUCCUUUUUUUUUUUUUUUUUUUUGAACUCUUAAUGAUCGCCCUUUUUGAAAAUGAAAGCGCUGCGUAAUUGUGUGCGUGCCGUGCGUAAAAACCAGCGUGCAACUUUGGAUUAGGCAGCGGCCAGAUGGUGCUCAAAUUCUAUAUUUUGGGACGCAAUUUGUCAAAGUCUAUGUAGGUCUGGACAAGUGUCAGAAGUAGAAGUCUCUCUCUCUCGCUCUCUCUCUUUUUUUUUUUUUUUUUUUUUAAGACAAAUGCUUUUAGAAGGCAUUCCUAUGUUUUGAUCUUAUUUGCGCCAUGGCUUACUCUCAGCUGGGAUACUCCUACUCCACUCCGCCACAGUUUCUGAUGACCACGAGCCCCCUGCCUGGCUGUCUGGAGCCGGCAUCCCCUCCGCCCCACCCGGCGCUGCGCUCCCCGGGCCACCAGCUCACCUCUGGCGGCGGCAUCGCCGUUUGCGGCCCCUACCCAAAACGUCAAGCUUACUAUAACACCUGCACCGGUGAUGCCACACCUCUCUAUUCCAGAGGACCGUUACAACCUAAAAGUGUAGCUGCGUCUGUGCACAUGGGGACAUCUCAGACACCCGGCUACUAUCCUUAUGAAUAUACAUUUGGGCAUUACUCUUAUGAUAGAUAUGGUUAUUCCUCCUCGGAAGGAGCUUCGCGGCGCAAGAACGCCACCCGGGAAACGACCGGCACCCUGAAGGCCUGGCUGCAGGAGCACCAGAAGAACCCGUACCCCACGAAAGGAGAGAAGAUCAUGCUGGCUAUCAUCACCAGGAUGACCCUCACACAAGUGUCCACAUGGUUUGCCAAUGCCCGCAGGAGGCUGAAGAAGGAGAACAAGGUGACGUGGUCGCCGCGAGCUUGUAAAAGCUCGGAUGAGAGAGUUCGUGAUGACGAGAGCGACGAAGCAGAAAAGUCACUUAAAGGUGACAAAGACCACCCAGACCAACAGUCUGCGGAACUUCAGAGCGAUCUUGAAGACUUCGACCUCCUGGAGUCCGACGCUUCCGACUGUGAGCCAAAGCCGCAGUUUAUAGCGGAGGACAAUGGCGUCGAUUCCAGCAUAGCACACGAUCACCUUGCGUACCACCCAGACCCGCUGCACAGCUCGGAGAGAUUGUCUCCGGACUUCCCUAAAGUCGAACCGCUUCAAGCCCAGAGCACCGCCUUCUAUUCAAUGCCAGCUGGGCACGGUACAGACGCCAAACCCAAAAUCUGGUCCAUUGCUCACACCGCUGUCUCUUUGGAUCCCAGCUUGGAGCCAGAGUAUCCACCUUGUAUGCUGUUGACCAGCUCAUCCUCUCCUGGCUUUCCAUCAAACGCGGCGCUACCCAAAGCGGACAGAAAGCAGGAAUCGCCAGUGGACACGCUCAGGGAAUGGGUGGACGGCGUUUUCCAUGCCGCGCCGUUCCAACAGUCGAAAGCUUCCGCGGCGUGGAAAGGGCUGAACGAGGUGGCAGUGAGCGGCAGAACGCGAGGACAACCGUUUGAACUUGUGAGAUCCACAACAUCUUUGUAGUCGCCCCCCUUCCGCUCUCCUCUUAUCAGAGGCUGCUGGACUUAAUGUAAAGUUUUUAUUUUGGUGUUGUGACCAAUUGCUUCAUCACAUAAGCCACAUUGUUGUGUAUCACCGCUAACGUGCACAAAGAUUUCGGAGGCAGAGCUCUCACCUCAACGUCCCGAAGGAUCCUCGGCCAUGUGACAGUAAAAGGAGAUUCUUAUCGUUGACGUCUUGUUGAUAUUGUUCAUAAAUUAAAGCUUGACAUAUUCUUAU